AUGACGCGAAUAGACAGCUUCGACAACCAAGUUCAGACUGAAAAGAUUCAGACCAAGACACAGACGCCAGCAAAAUUGGGGCCCCUAGACCCCAGCGACUACUUCACCAACCACCAGAUAUUUUACGUCUUCAUCAUGGCUGGCAUUGGCGGCAUGAUCAUCUCAGGGGGCAUAAAUUUUGGCUUGGCUUAUGUGAUGUAUACCACCCAAAACACAGUCCUAAACCCAAUCUAUCUCUUCCAGCUACCCAACACCUUGGCUGGCGAUGCAGCAGUUACCAUCAUCAUCCAGUGCAUCAUCACCUGGUUUAUGGAAAAAGGCCUAGUCGCGCACGACCUUUCCCGUCGCGGUGUUCAGCCCAUCGGGUUCAUCUCAAAACCUACUCGUCCCUGGCAGAGGCGAUUAUUUUUCCUGCCUCCAUUGGGAUACGACGAGGCGAUUGAUGCAGAGGCCAAGGGAGAGCCGCAAGCCAAGGCAGUCGCGCCGGACUUUUUAACCAUUCUGGGUUCCGUUGUUCAACAUGCGCUGCGAGGUUUCUUAAUCGCCAUCGUCAGCUUCUUCUUGCUAUGGCCUGCAACCGUCGGCAUCUUGAUAGCUUUUGGCAAGAGUACCGGCGGCGACUACAUCUAUGAUGAUCGGUGGGUUCCUCAGAUCUUCAAGGGGAUUCUCGGAGGACUACUUGGGCUAUUAACAACGCCUUUGAUGGCCUUGUUCUGGCUUGUCAAGGCUGGGUGGGAGGGAAAUCCGCACUGGAGCCUGAAGUCAUAA